AUCCUUUUUCAAAAAUGGCGAGCCACAGUGGUUGGGCUAGACGCGUUCCUGAAAAUGAAGCAACAAUUACUUACGUGCAAUGCGAUGGAUUGGCGGUGAUGAAAAUUGUGAAGCACUGUCAUGAAGAAUCAUGCAGCAACAUGGAAGUCGCGCAAGGCGCCCUGCUUGGGCUGGUGGUGGAGAAUCGGCUGGAGAUCACCAACUGCUUCCCAUUCCCUAAGCACGAUGAGACCAUGGACGAGGAAGAGUACCAGUUGGACAUGAUGAGGCGGCUGCGUAGAGUGAAUGUUGAUCACUUUCAUGUUGGAUGGUAUCAAAGUGCCGACGUUGGCAAUUUUUUGAGCCAGUCUCUGUUGGAAUCGCAGUAUCACUACCAGACCUCGAUCGAAGAGAGUGUGGUCGUCAUCUACGAUACAAAGAAAUCUGCCAGAGGUUUCCUGACUCUGAAGGCGUACCGUUUGACUCCUCAGGCUAUUGCCAUGUACAAGGAGGGUGACUACACACCAGAGUCCCUGCGCAACCUGAAGAUUGGCUACGAAAGCCUGUUCAUUGAAGUGCCGAUCGUGAUUCGCAACUCUCCUCUCACAAACAUCAUGAUUUCCGAGCUAACAGAGAUGAUCCCAGAGGAAGAUGGCUCUAAAUUCCUGGAUCUUGGCACCGCCUCGGUGCUUGAAGGCCAACUCCGCAGCCUAAUGGAACGCGUCGACGAACUGAACCAAGAGGCGAUCAAGUUCAACAGGUACCAACAGCUCGUGGUUCGUCAGCAGCAAGACAAACACCGUUGGUUGGUCAAGAGGACUCAAGAAAACGCGGCCAGAGCUGCCAAGGAUGAGCCUCCACUGCCUGAAGAAGAUGUUAAUAAGCUAUUUAAGCCUCAUCCAGUCCCGCCAAGGCUCAACCCUAUGAUCGUUGCAGGACAAAUCAAUACUUACAGCCAGCAUAUAAGUCAGUUUUGUUCGCAGAGUUUGGCAAAAUUAUACCUUACUCAAGCAUUGCAAAAUGCUAAGGAGUCGAAACAGAACAACUAGUUUUGUAUGGUAUUAAAUUGUAUGUCACAGGAUGUUGUGUUUCGCUUAUUUUAGUUUAAGUUCGUAGAAUUUAUAAUUUUUUAAUAUAUUAUCUUAAGUA